CCGGGCCGCGCGGGACUGGCCGUCGGGGCCCCGGGACGGCGGCCCCGGGGGCGCCCAUGCCAUGGAGAAGCUGGCGGCCGGGCUGGCGGGCCUGCGCUGGAGCAUGGGCGCCUUCCCGCUGGACCUCAUCGUCAGCCGCUGCCGCCUGCCCACGCUCGCCUGUCUCGGGCCAGGGGAGUACGCCGAGGGCGUCAGCGAGAGAGACAUCCUGCUCAUUCACUCCUGCCGCCAGUGGACGACGGUGACAGCCCAUACCCUGGAGGAGGGCCACUACGUCAUCGGACCCAAGAUUGACAUCCCCCUGCAGUACCCAGGGAAGUUCAAGCUCCUGGAGCAGGCCCGGGAUGUGCGGGAGCCAGUGAGGUACUUCAGCAGCGUGGAGGAAGUGGCCAGUGUCUUCCCUGACCGCAUCUUUGUGAUGGAAGCUAUCACCUUCAGUGUCAAGGUGGUGUCCGGCGAGUUCAGCGAGGACAGCGAGGUGUACAACUUCACGCUGCACGCGGGCGACGAGCUCACCCUCAUGGGCCAGGCGGAGAUCCUGUGCGCCAAGACCACCAAGGAGCGCUCGCGCUUCACCACGCUGCUGCGCAAGUUGGGCCGCGCCGGGGCGCUGGCCGGGGUGGGAGGCGGCGGCCCCGGGGGCCCCGACUGGGCCGGCCUCGCGGAGCCCGGCGCGCCGCCAGCCGAGAUCCCCUACGAGGAGCUGUGGACGCACCAGGCGGCCGAGGGCCUCGCCGAGGGCCGGACCCGGCCGCCCGCUGGGCCCGACCUCAUCUCCUUCGGGGCCGCAGGGCCGCCCUGCCUGGACCCGGAGGCGCCGCCGCCUCCCGUCCCUCCCAAGUCCGAGGCGGUGAAGGAGGAGUGCCGCCUGCUCAACGCCCCCCCUGUGCCCCCCCGGGGUGGCGGCGGCAGGCCCUCGGGCAGCCCCCCGGUGCCCCCACGCUUCCCGAAGCUGCAGCCCGUCCACUCCCCCAGCUCCAGCCUCUCCUACUACUCCUCCGGCCUCCAGGAUGGGGCGGCCCCCCACAGUGGCAGCGGCUCGCCGUCACCGUCCCCGGAUGCCUACUCCCUUUACUGCUACCCAUGCACCUGGGGAGACUGCAAGGCCGGCGAGUCCUCCGGCCGCCCGCCCCCGGGCCCCCUGCCCUCCACCACGCAGCCUGGCCAGGCCACCCGGGCCCUUGCUGAGCCCCUGAGCGGUCGGGCUGCCUCCCUCUUGGGGGCCGACACCCCGGUCAAGGCAUUCCACAGCUGCCCACCUCUGUUCAAGGCCUCACACCCGCAGAAACGCUUUGCUCCGUUCGGGGCCCUCAACCCCUUUUCGGGGCCUGCGUACCCCUCAGGCCCUCCCGUGGCUGCCUCUUCUGGGCCAACAGCCACCUCGGGCCCCCUGGCUACCUCCAGCCCUGCCUUCUCUCCGGGCCCAGGCUCACCGGGCCAGGCCUGUUCGGCUGCUCCCCCUUCCUGUGCCACCUCGUCCUCCUCCUCUUCCGAGUGGCAGGAACCAGCCCUGGAGCCCUUUGAUCCCUUUGAGCUGGGCCAGGCCAGUUCCCCAGAGCCUGAGCUGCUGCGCUGUCAGGAACCCAGAGCUGUGGGGGCCCCUGGGCCUGGAGCCUGCUUUUCACCACUUGGACUCCCUAAGGCCUUCGAACCAGAAGGUUUGGUGCUGCGGCAGGUCUCCACCCCACUGUCACCGGUGACCCUGCAGGGGCCAGAGGCAGGCGGAGCACGGCUCCUUCUCGCCCAAGGGCGCCUAGAAGCGCCUCCUGCCAGUCCCCGGGAGGGGCCCUCGGGCUGGGGGGGCCGGGAUGCCUCCCCCUGGCAGCCCCCUGCUGACCUGUCUGCACUCUCCCUGGAAGAAGUCUCUCGAAGUCUGCGUUUCAUCGGGCUCUCUGAGGACGUGGUGAGCUUCUUUGCCAGAGAGCGCAUUGAUGGCAGCAUCUUCGUGCAGCUCAGUGAGGACAUCCUGGCCGAGGACUUCCACCUCACCAAGCUGCAGGUCAAGAAGAUCAUGCAAUUCAUCAAAGGCUGGCGGCCCAAGAUCUGACGUUACCAGCUCGUAGCGGCACAACUGGAAAGGUGGCACGGAGGCCCGGGGGGGGGGAGCCCUGGGUCUGCAGGGGCACAGCGCUCCCAGGGGCCUGCCUGCAAGGGGCAUCUAUGCCAAGACAGACCAGCGAGGCAGCCCCUCAGAGUGAAUGCAGGGGAGACACACUUGGAAGUGGGUGCUCUGGGGUCGGGCCCUGCGUGGCGACAUCUGGCCUGAGUGUGUAGAGUACGUGGGGAGGAGGCGGAGGCACCGGCGCACACCUGGGCCUGGGAAACGCUGCUGUGAGGCCCAGAGAGAAGGGGCAUCAAGAGCUGGCCUUCCCGGUGCCCUGACAUCUUCCCGUGUCCUCAUGCAGCACUUCACAGACCUCUUGCACUCCUCAAGCUUGUAGGUUCAGGUUAGAGGCCAGGAAGAAGAUUUAAGCACAAAUUCACCAAGUGCCCUCUCCCCUCUGUGCUCUGUGGGCUUUUGGCCUAAGCUGCCCUGGAGACUGGGUGCCGUUUCCGUGUCUCUGGGCCGCCUUCCCUCCCCCUUCUGUGAAUCAGGGCCCUGGCCCUGAGCACAGGUGCCCUGAGGACAAGCCUGUGCCACUGUGCCUCGUAGGCCCCAGCCGCCAGUGCCGGCUUGCGGGUGAAGACUGGACGAGAACAGCUCUGCUGUUGAGCUGUUAGGGAGCCAGGGGUUUCCCCGGCGUCUCGAGUGCCCAGGCUUCUGCCUUCCGUCCUGCUAGGCUGGGUCCAGUCUGCAACGAUUCUCGCUCGGUGGAAAAGCAGGUAGACUUAGGUCAGCUGCUCCUGGAUUCGGGAGGCAGGUGGCCUUCAGUCACCGCUCCUCCCCACCCCCCGUCUGCUGCCCAUGUCGUUGAUUCUGGCAAACAUACGGGGUCCUCCUCUUGCUUUCUGUCACAGGCACAGGUGGGGCAGGUGGGGAGGAAGCACAGUGGUUUGGGGCAGACCUGCUUGAUCGCCGAUCCUGGAGCUCAGGCCCCCUGCACUUGUUCAUCUGCCUCACAGCAGGCCCUUGUCCCCUGGGUCUUGGGCACGAUGAUCUGUGUGGCGCCCGGAGGUUGGCAGUUGUGUACAAGCACCCCUGCCCCGCCUCCCCGGGCUCUCGGUCUCCUUACCCAGGACUGCACUGACUCCUCAUGCCGCUGGCAUCAGGCCCCGGGCGUACCAGCCUUCUCUUCUGCCUUACCUAGCCGUCCUAGAUAUUUAUUUCCUCUGUUUCUUUCAAGAGUAGCAAAGCCAUGCUGGUGCUCAGGCCCUGAGCUGACGUCUCGGCUCCAAGGCCAGGGGAGCUGGGCAGCAGAGCACACACACUGUGAUGUUGAAGCAUCUGGCUUCCCUUGCCGGUCACUUAGUGAAUCCUCAAGGACAAGUGAAAUAAACGCUAGAGCACUGGACAGACGUGCCGGUGGAAUGCU